CAAAUUGAGAAGCCUUUUGUUUCAACUGUUUGGGAGGAAUAUAAUUUUAGACUGCAGCUCCUGCUUUAAGCUGGCGUGGAAUUUAAAAUCCUCUUGAAAGCUCCUAAACAUCUGAUAUAAAUCUAAUGCUCAUGAAUGAGACAAUACAUCUUCGAUGAGUUUGAAAGAAUACAAGCUGAACCACUUGUUAUUUCUGUACAAUUUUAAGUGGCAAACAAGCAGUUGAAUGUAUUGAGGAAAUAAAGAAGGUCCAAAAAGUGGAAGGCAGCAACUGAAAGUCCCAAUACUGUUGCGUUGUAUUCUUUCUCCAGUUGGCUUGGCUUCAUCCCACUCGAGUUUCACCAGAGGUGUUGGAAUUGCUGGAAAAUGAAGACCGAGUUGGAUCUGACCAAAAUGAUGGACCUCAGCUUUCUGUCAGAGGAUGAACAAAUGGCUCUUCAGAAAGUCCUUAAACGAGAUGCUGAUCUGAAAAAGCUUGAAGAAAGGCGCAUCAGGAAAUUGAAGAAAUCGAACUAUGAUACAAAGAAAUUGAAGGUGAUGACUGGCGAAUGGUUCAAUGAAGUUAAAGCCAAGCGUUAUGGAGACAUUGUUAGUGGUAUAGACCUACUAAAAAAAUCAUUUAACAGAAAAAAGACGCCAGUUGUUCCAGAUGUUGCAGUGAUGGUAUCACAGGAUGCAAGUGUGCUUCUCAGUCAAAGUCCUCCACACCCAGAUAGCUCCACAGAUCCAGAGAAAAGGCUACUAAAAGAAUCAAAAUCCCUACCACAGACAGAAAUGAUGACGUCCAAAUCCCAUCUUCAGGCACCUACAGGCAGACGUGAAGUGAAAGAUGAAGCAGAGACAUGGAAAGGAGACAUCAGAGAAGCACAGAGUAAGAGAAGUAAUCAAGAUUAUGAAGACAAGUCUACAUCCCCAGGCACUGAGGUACUUCUGUCCAACAGUGAUUCAUUUGUUAUAGCAAUAGAUGAACCUAUGUCAGAAAUAAAUCCCUAUACUGACUUUAGUAUCAGUCAACCAUCACGGUCAGCCAAAGAAGCACAGUUUUGGACUGUAGGAGAGGCUCAAAACAUUUCUGUUGAUUUCGAUGUUCUGACAGACAGCUCUUUAACCAGAAGUGCCCAACCAGGGUUUUCCCGUGAUGAGACUGAUGCACCUAGAAGUCCAGGACUUUCGAAACAAAUCGAUUACUUCAAGCCCAGUCCCACAGCUAUGGAUGAUAGCAGAAUAGCUUACAAUGAUGUGGAAAUUGUACAAAAUCCAGAAAAGAACAGUGACUCAAUGAGAGGACUUUCCAGUUCAAAGAAAAACUAUCCCAGUGCUGAUAUGAGACAAAAGAAUCCAAGAAAUUCUGCAACAUUGCUGUCAGAAAUUCUGCAAGGUGGAAAUAAGCCCCCAAAAGAUGAUAUUGACUAUGCUAUCGAAUCAAACACAGAGCCUUUGCAAAAUGCAGUAGAAGGAGGUGUUGUGAGUGAGUCUCCAGACACGGGUAGUCUGUUUUCUUCAAGACCUUCAUCAGUUGAAGACAGUACAAAGUCCAAUGCAUCAACGUGGAAAGGUCAAUAUGGAGACAAUAAUGUGGACCGAAAUUAUGAACCAGGGAGUUCUACAGGUUUAAUGAGCAACACAUCAAGGCAAAUCCGGAAGCCUGGAGAAUAUUACAAUGAUGUACCAAAUAUAACAUUAGGGAAAGGAGAGUCUGAGAGUUCAAAAAGGAAAGGGAUUUUAAAGCGCAGUCCCAGUACCAGCUCCACUGAGUCAGAAAAUUUCUCCAAAUUGAUCUCAAUUCGAUCCACAGAAGACAUAGGAGUCAUACCACAACAAUCAGAUGAUUUCAGGGGCAACUCAAUGAUCGAGGCAGGUAGCAAGCAAGUGAGGUUCUCAACCAAAAUGAAAAAUGAGCUACCAUCAAACAUUGUUGAAGGGUGGAAAACUGACAACGCUCCAAACUCUUCAAUAGCAAUGAAUGAAGAUAAUACCAUGUCACAGGAAGAAGAAAACAAUGAUGACAGCUUCUCCUCAUUAUCUCCAGCUGGAAGAUAUGAAACCAAACCAUAUGAAAAUCUGUAUUUGAUCAACAAAGGAACAACUGAACAUUUCCUAGAACCACAGUGGAGAGAAAAUUCAGAGGCACUGCACAAGAAUGAACAAGUGCCCGAUGAUGAUCCUUCAGACUUCAGCGUCAAAAUAAAUAAGCCCACUUCAUCAUCAGAACCCAGCGGGGCCACAGUUCCCAUCUUGACAUCAAAUGAUCCACACAGUGAAGAGUACGAUUAUUUUGAGGAUGUAACUUCUGAAUCCAGCUUUGGAUCAGACAUCCUGAAGCAGACAGAUGUGCAAGUUAGCUCAAAUCUGAAGUCCUCCAAGCUGAGUGGCAGUUUACUGAGUCUGUACAGUGAUGCUGGCGAUUUUGGAGAUGUUCCAGUUCAGGGAGCUGUACAAUUCAAAUUACGAUAUGAAGAAGCAAAAAAAGAAUUCCAAAUCCAUGUAGAGCAGUGCCGAGGGUUGGCUGCAGCUAACAUCAGAAAGUAUACUUCUGACCCUUACGUAAAAACCUACCUUCUUCCUGAUCGCUCACGGCCAAGCAAACGCAAGACAUCUGUAAAGAAAGCGACGCUGAAUCCUCAAUAUAAUGAAAUACUGAAAUACAAAAUACAGAAGCAAGAACUUCAGAAUCGAACACUGAAUCUCUCUGUGUGGCACAAUGAUACUCUUGGUCGCAAUGUUUUCCUUGGAGAAACUGAGGUGGAGAUGAGUAAAUGGGAUUGGCGUGACAACACACUAAACUGGUACAACUUGGAGCCCAAGCCAUCCUGUUUACCUGAAGGAAACAUUAACCAAGGAGAAAUCCAUGUGGCACUCAAAUAUAUUCCAGCAGAUUCAACAGAUGGGUAUAAAUCACAAAGUGGUGAAGUUCACAUAUGGUUGAAAGGAGCAACAGAAUUACAGCCACUGAAGCCCGGCGGUGUAGAUUCAUUUGUGAGAUGUUAUAUUUUACCAGACACCAGUAAGAAGAGCAGGCAGAAGACCCGAGUGGUGAAGAAAAACCUUAAUCCCAUCUACAACCAUACCAUGGUAUAUGAUGGAUUCAAGUUGGAUGAAAUAAUGGAGGCCUCUGCAGAAUUAUCAAUUUGGGACCAUGAAACAUUUACCAAUCAGUUUCUUGGAGGAGUUCGCCUUAAUCUGGGCACAGGGAAUAGCUAUGGGCAAAAUGUGGAUUGGAUGGACUCGAACGAAGAGGAGGCAGCUCUCUGGAAGGACAUGAUAUCCAAACCCAAUGAAUGGGUGGAAGCAGUACUGCCUCUCAGGCCAACUAUGACAAAAAGGAAGUGAAGAACCUCAGUUACUGUUUCACUUUUAGGUGUAUAGCCAAAACUAUUACUUGGCAGCAAGUCCAAAAAGUUAUGCUUUCUGUAUUUUUUUAUCAAUUAAUUUCUUAAUCGAGGGGUGAUGGGUUUUAGAGUCAAGCCAGGGCUUUUUCUUUAAUUGAACAAGUAAAUGACUAAAUCAACAGGAUCAUUUAAAGAAUGGAAUAUACUUGGUAUUUGACACUUACACAUUUCAGAAGACCGUGAUUAGCAUGAAGUACAUAUCUGGGACAAAAUUUUUAAAAACUUAUAAAAAAUAAUUUGAAGAAUCUAAAGCACAAAGGAAAAACUACUAAGAUAAAGUAUGUUGGAAGGUGAAGCAUGUGUUGUGCUUGUGUGAAGAGUGCCAAGAAAAAUUUUUAAAAAUUGAAACAAUAAGUGCUUCAUUAAUAAAGUCUGUCUGCAAUAAUUUGCCAAAUACAAUAUUGGAAAAGUUGAAUAAGCAUGUAUGAUUUAUCACCGAAAAAAACUUCAACAAGCAAUUUAUAUGUACCA